UGUGGGCAUAAAAAGUUUGCUGUGGCGGCCUGAGCAAAGUUUGGAGAUUAGGGGGACGUUAUUGUAAACGUGUUUCCGUGAGAGUAUGACGGACGCAGAAGCGCAGAGCGCCCCAGCGCCAACGCCGGUGGAAGAACAGCCACAGCCGGAGAGAAAAAUUAUAGCCACUGCAGUCCAAGGCACUGUGAAAUGGUUCAACGUGCGCAAUGGAUAUGGCUUCAUCAACAGAAAUGACACCAAAGAGGACGUCUUUGUUCAUCAGACUGCCAUAAAGAAGAACAACCCCAGGAAGUUUCUUCGCAGUGUUGGUGAUGGGGAGGUCGUUGAGUUUGAUGUGGUCGAGGCCGCCAAGGUAGGCAAACCUCUCUCUCUCUCCCCCUCGCAGGGCUCCGAGGCGGCCAACGUGACUGGGCCGGGUGGCGUUCCUGUCAAAGGCAGCCGCUACGCACCUAACAAACGCCGCUUCCGACGCCGCUUUUCCCCGCGGCCUCGGCCUGGCGACGAGAAGGGGGAAGGGACGUUGGGCCCCACGUCCGAGGGUGAAGGGGGAGGGGAGAACGGGGGAGAACGGCCCCCGCCGCGACGACGCAGACCCCGCCGGCCCAGGCAGGAAGGGCAAGAGGGCGAGGCAGGGGAACAGAAAGAGGGGGCGGCAGACAGUGAACAGCAGAGGGCGCCGUCGCGCCGGUUCAGGCCCCAGUACCGCAGGCCAUUCCGCCCUCGCCCGCCCCCCAGGGAGACUCCUCAGGAGGGCGGCCCUGCCACGGAGGUCCCGGAAGGCCAGACAGCCGACGGGCAGAAAGAGGUGAAGAAAGACGCUCAGGAGGGCGAGCAGACGAACGGGGAGCCGGCCGGCGGCGAUGGCCAGAAGCCCCGCCGACAGUUCAGCCGACGCCGGCAGAGGAACUCUGAGUCCAACUCGGUCUCUAAAGAUGGGACUGAGAAGCCAGACUCUGGUUCCAGCACUCCUCCGCAGACCUCGAAACCGACGGACCUCAAAUCCACCCCGAAGUCGUCCCCUAAAGGCUCUCCCAAGAUGUCUCCAAAGACCUCCCCCAAAACCUCCCCCAUAACCUCCCCCAAAACACCGGAGGCACCUGCCACUACAGUUCCAGUGGCCGCAGAAUGACCCUGUGACCCCAGGCAAGAGGUUAGGUCCUAGGGAGGGUUAGCUGGGGGCCCAUUUCAACACAUCCUGCACUAUCCCCACCCCCUCCCUAGCACUCUCCCCUGGUAAACCCCCACCCCAACCUUUUCUUGUCUUGUCUUAGACACCGCAUGUAUGAGGAUGGGCAGCGAAGGGGUAAUAUAGGGGGUUAGGUGUGUAUAUUUAGAUGUGAGAGAAUACACCUUUUUUAGAUAAAUGUCUAGAGGAAAAAAAGUGAACCUGCUUGGAUGCCUAGUUACUCCAUGAAGCCCCAGCUAGUUUUCUUUAAUUGACUGAGAAUGGGCACAAGCAGUAGAGGAGCCAGCCUCUAUUUAAGUUUGAUAACGGGGGAAAGCGACGCUGGUGUGUGAGAGCUGUGGUAUCUCGCCACCCCCCCCUAGAUUCUAAAAGAUGCUGACGCCCGCCCCCAUUUGAUAAUCAUGGACCGGGGGGCUGGUUAAAGAAAUGAUUGUCAUUUUUCAUUUUGUUCUAGUUUGUCAUUUUUGUAUGCAUUUCUUUUGGAGGGGAUCAUGUGCAAUGUCAGUUCAACAAAAUGUCAAUAAAAUCCUGUUUGCAAAAACAA